ACUCGCAAUCUGAAAGAAGAGAGAGAGAGGAGGGAGAGAGAACAGGGAGAGAGGGAAAGUGAUCGUCUGAAGUGGGCAAGGACCGGGAAAAGGAGUGUUCGUCCAAGCGAGAGGGGGAGUGAACCUCUUGAGAGUCUAAUUGAUUCUUUUGCUAACUGGCGGGUCUCUGACCCACCUGUCCAUCCUGACAGUCCGAAAAUGGCUCAACUAACUUCAGUGCAAUGGCGGGCCUUGUUAGAUGCAGCCAGUGAUGCUGAGAAACCUUAUCUGCAAGCACUUUUAGAAAGUGCAAUCAAAAGGGAACAGGAGACGGAGAAGGAGAGGAAGGAGACCCUGCUGAAAAGGCAAGUGGCCCUCCUAGAGAUUGUUCCCUCACUGACUGAAGAGCAGUGUGGGGAACAGUUGCAGUCCAUACUUACAACCCUUGUUCAAAUCAGGAACCUUGAGGAUCAUACCACUCAGAUCGCUGAAGUCUUUGCUAAGCUGCAGACACUUCAAGAUGAUCUGACUGAUAUGACCCGCAAGUACCAUGAAUUGGCAAAGGAGGUGGCUGACCUGCGACAAGCCCAAGUGGCCAACUCCCUUCCUCUACCCCCUGGAUUUGAAACUGCAAUCGAAACUACCUCUGCCCCUCUUAUUGUAUCUUCUUCCUCGAAUGUGUUGGCAACCCCCUCGGAACCUGCGACACGUGCAGAUUCCGCUGUUGCUGUAACAAGCAAUGAGGCUGGAACUUCUGCAACUGCUGCAGCCCCAAGAUCGGAACCAGCUGCUGCUGGUCCCAACUACGCCGGUCCCUAUGUGGACCGAAAGGCGGUACAAAUGCCGUCUAAAUACGACGGCAAGGAAGACAUCGAGUCUUGGAUCGGCUCCAUGAGGGCCUACAUUGAGAUUCUGGGGACUCAACCUGAGACCCAGGCUGUGAUCAUGGGAAUGAAUGUCGAGCCGACCGUGCGGGGCUUCUUGGAAGUCCAAGCAACGCGAGCUGGGUCCCAAUGCGAAUGGACCAAGUGGAAGGAGUCACUCUUCAUGGUCAAAGAUGCUCAGGGGAACGAGCUUCCUGUCCUCUUGGAUGAGAAGCGAGAAUCCCCUGUGACUUUUCUGAAAGCUAUGCAGUUCUGCAAGAAAUGGCGCAAGCACAAGGAGGAAGAACAGUUGUAUGUUGCCUUUGUUCGUCCUACCCAUGUGCCAUCUACUUUUGCGGCUAAUAUCACUACUACUUUGAUUGAUGAUCCUACUUCUGCCACUUUCCAAAGCCUCAUGGACAAGGUCCUCCGCGAACAGAUUGGCAGGUUUGUGGUAGUGUACCUGUAUGAUAUUCUGAUCUUCAGCAAGUCCAUGGAGGAGCAUCUCAAGCAUCUUGAGGAGGUGCUCGCUAUCCUCAAGAAGACGCAGCUCCACCUCAGCUUGGAGAAAUCCGAGUUUGGGAAGGAUAGCGUCAUCUAUCUUGGGCAUCGGUUGUCUGUUGCCGGCCUAGAGCCUGAGGCAACCAAGAUUGAGGUCAUACGCGAUUGGCCUCAGCCCGCGAACAUUUGCGAAUUGCGUUCUUUCCUUGGUCUCGCGUCGUAUUAUCGGAAGUUUGUACCCCGUUUUUCUAUCAUUGCUCGUUUAUUGUCACGACUAACCAGUAAAAAUGUGCCUUAUUCUUGGGAUGCCGCGUGUACAGAAGCUUUUCAAGCUCUCAAGGAAGCCUUGGGGUGCAGGUAUUUCAAUAAGAUUGAUCUCAAGUCAGGGUACCACCAGAUUGAGGUAGCUCCUGAGGAUGAACACAAGACGGCUUUUCGAACCAGGAAGUUCGUGAGGAACUUCUCCACCAUCGCUGCGCCCCUUCGCAAAUUGCUAAGAAAAGAGACAAUCUGGAAAUGGGACAAGGACUGCACGUCUGCCAUGAAGAAGCUAAAGCAAGCAUUGAUAGAGUACCCGGUCCUUAAGGUCGCCGAUCCGUCCUUGCCUUUUGUCGUUACUACGGAUGCUAGCCAGUACGGCAUAGGCGCAGUGUUACAGCAAGACGAUGGCAAUGGGUAUAGACCCGUAGAGUUCAUGUCCGCCAGAAUGCCUUCAGAGAAGGUCGCUACAUCUACUUAUGAGAGGGAACUCUACGCUCUCAGGCAAGCGUUAGACCACUGGAAGCACUACUUGCUUGGGAGGCACUUUAAAGUCUAUUCUGACCAUGAAACGUUACGAUGGUUAAAGACGCAGGCCAAGAUGAUUAGCAUACUAGGUGGGCCGCCGAGAUAGAUCAGUACGACUUCGAGCUCAAGCCUGUCAAGGGGAAGUACAACGUAGUUGCGGAUGCUCUGAGUAGGAGAGCAGAUUACUUCGGGACGAUAGUGCAUUACCUCG